UUGUUCACAUGGUCGUCACUUUUGGUGUUUGAUCAAAUGCUUUAGCUUUUGGGUAUCAAAACCUCCCUCCCUGUCUCUUAUUGUUUCUUCUAUUCAUCCUCUCCCCCAUUGCAGGAUGGAAGGACAGCCAUCUUUCAUCCCCUCUGUUAGCAGCACUCCUUCCUCUUCCUUUUCUUCUCCCACCGCUUCCUCCUCCUCCCCCUCGACCACCAUUGUCAUGGCCGAAACACCACCGUCACCUCCUCAGCGAGAACAGAAGAAGACGAAGACCUUUGAACUGACGGCGCACUCCAUAUUUUAUGUCAAGCCCACCGCCGUGCACGCCUUGAAACUCCUCCUCAACCAAUGCCGGCCCUCCCAACCGUCGCAUUACAUCCUCCGCGACGUCUCCCUCACCGCCCGCCCCGGCGAGCUGCUCGCCGUCGUGGGUCCCAGCGGCGCCGGUAAGUCCACCCUCCUAGACAUCCUCGCCGCCCGCACCGCCCCGACCGCCGGCUCCCUCCGCCUCAACUCGUCCCCCCUCCACCCGGCCUCCUUCCGCCGCCUCUCCGCCCACGUCCCCCAGCACGAUGCUUCCCUCCCACUCCUCACCGUCGCUGAGACCUUCGCCUUCGCCGCCCGCCUCCUCCUCCCCCGCCACGCCUCCGCCUCCGCCUCCGCUGUCAUCGCCUCCCUACUCGCCGACCUCCGCCUUUCCCACCUCGCCCACACCCGCCUUUCCGGCAACCUUUCCGGCGGGGAGCGCCGCCGAGUUUCCAUCGGCCUCAGCCUGCUGCGCGACCCUGCGGUGCUCCUUCUCGACGAGCCUACAUCCGGCCUCGACAGCUCAUCGGCGCACCUCGUCCUGCAGUCCCUACGGAGCGUCGCUGCCUCCCGCUCCACCACCAUCAUCCUUUCCAUCCACCAGCCCAGCUCUCGCCUUCUUUCCUCCAUCGACUCCCUCCUCCUCCUCUCCAAAGGCUCCGUCAUCCACCACGGCUCCCUCUCCUCCCUCGACCGCUUUCUCCUCUCCGCCGGCUUCUCGGUCCCCUCCCAGCUCAACCCCCUCGAGUUCGCCAUGGAAGUGCUCCACCAACUCCCCCACCCGACCACCACCCUUAAAGCACAACGAGCUUCCUCCACCAAGUUGAUAGAACCGAAGAUCCAAGAAGAAGAAGAAGAAGAAGACAUCACAGUCCACUAUUCCAGUUCUCGAGUUCGAGAAAUCCUGACGCUCUACGGCCGCUGCUGGAAGCUCGUGUUCCGCACCAAACAGCUCCUCCUCGCCAACACUAUCGAGGCGCUCAUCGUCGGCUUCCUCCUGGGCACCAUCUACAUCAACUUGAGCUUCGACGACGAGGGCAUUGGCAAACGGCUCGGCCUGUUCGCCUUCACUCUCACCUUCCUACUCUCCUCCACCACCGAGACGCUCCCCAUCUUCGUGGGCGAGCGCCCCAUCCUCCUCCGCGAUACUUCCUCCGGCCUCUACCGCCUCUCCUCCCACCUGGUCGCUGGCACGCUCGUCUUCGUCCCCUACCUCCUCGCCAUCUCCCUCCUCUACGCCACCUCCGUCUACUUCAUCACCGGGCUCUGCGCCUCGUGGGCGGCGUUCACCGACUUCGUUCUCAUCGUCUGGGCCCUCGUCCUCACUGCCAACUCCUUCGUACUCUUCGUCAGCUCCCUCGCGCCGGACUACAUCGCCGGCACGUCGCUGGUCACGGUGUCGCUGGCGGGCUUCUUCCUCUUCUCCGGUUACUUCAUAGCAAAGGAGAGCAUGCCGGAGUACUGGGUCUUCGUGCACUACUUAUCUCCAUACAAGUACGGGCUGGACGCGCUGCUGGCCAAUGAGUACAGCUGUCAAGCGAACCGGUGCUUCGAGUGGGCCGGCAAGGAGAUGGGAGGGGGGUGUUUGGCGACCGGAAGAGAUGUGCUGGCGAGGCGAGGCUUGAGGGAGGGAGAAAGGUGGGCAAACUUGCAGGUUCUCUUUGGGUUCUUCGCGUUCUACCGCGUCCUCUACUGGAUCGUUCUCCGGAGGAGGGCCUCCAUGUCCAAGAAAUGAUCCAAAGAUGGAAGCUUGGCUCCUCAUCAAGUUGCAGUAGUAGUGUAUGGUAUAACCUCAAGUACGUACGUGCAUGUGUUCCACUGUCUUCUUCUCACGUUCUUCUUCUUCCAUCUGUAACCUAAACCUGCAACUAAGAUCUUUAACUAUCGUGCUGUCAAGGGUUUGCUUCG